AUGGCAGAACAGUUGGAAAGCCGUGUUCUAGGGAUCGAGCAGGGGCAGGAAGAACUGAGCAAUCAGCUGAAGAAGAUAUUGGACCUACUACUGAACAAAGGGAAGACAGUCCAAGAUCAGGAUCUUGAAGAAGGAAAUGACCCUAUCCACCCGCCCGAUUUUAUGCCAAUUCAUGGGCAAUCUUCUGGUCCGCCCCCAUUCACCUCGGAGAAAUCGCCGCAUGGCACGCCACCUUUUAUCCCGACAGUGACAGGAAUGGGGAUGCCCUCAUCAGCAGUUGUGGGUGCAGGGACAAGCAAGACCAUGACGGAAUACCGUUGUGACGAGCUGGAAGAACGGCUAAGGGCCAUAGAGGGGACUCGAACCGCCAGUACCACCAGACCCUCAGAUUACUGCCUAGUACCUAAUGUAGUCCUUCCUCCAAAGUUUAAGAUGCCAAAAUUCGAGAAGUUUGAUGGGACCACAUGCCCUCAAACCCACCUCCGGAUGUAUUGUCAGUCGAUGGCCGCCUAUACCGAUAAUGAGAAGUUGAUGAUGCAUUGCUUCCGAAGCAGUCUUACCGGGACAGCGGCUAGAUGGUAUGUCCAGCAGAAUAAGGCCCAGAUCCGUACGUGGGGUGACUUGGCUGAUGCCUUCGAAGCGCAAUAUCGUCAUAUCUUGGAAAUGGCUUCGGAGAGGAUCUCUCUUUCUGAAAUGGAGAAGAAGCCAAUAGAAACUUUCAGGGAGUAUGCACACCGUUGGAGAGACGCAGCCACUCAAGUGGACCCUCCGGUCAACGACCGUGAGGCAAUAUCGAUAUUCGUAGGGACAUUAAAAGAUCCCUACCGUUCACAUCUGGUAGGGUCCACCCCUCAUAACUUCAUAGACAUUGUGGCGGCAGGGGCCAGAGUGGAAGCCGACGUCAAAGCUGGACGGAUAAAGACUGGCACUAUCGAUAACAGCCCAAGUAAGAAGUGGGUCAAAAGUAAAAAGGAAGAAGAGACCCAAAUGAUACAGGGGUCUAUCAGGAGCCUAAGGCAGAGAAACCGAAGUCAACAACCUAGGGGAAAUUUCUACAUGGAACCGGAAGUGAACCAAACACUACAUAUGGGCCCGAGGCCCCAGUUUGCAACCCCCCAACUAAGACCAGCACCAACAAACAAUCAAGUUCGAGAAAGGGAUGCAUUGAGGAAUGCUAGAAGGAUUGACCCAAUCCCAAUGCCCUAUGCCGACUUGUUUCCUCAACUGUGUGAGAAAGGAAUGGUGACGACCAUACCAGCCAUUCCCGUCACCGAUCCCCCACCACGAUGGUUUGAUCCCAAUGCCCACUGUGCAUACCAUGCAAACUCUCCGGGCCACUCCAUUGACCAGUGCUGGGCUUUCAAAUAUAAAGUUCAGUCAUUGAAGGAGGCAGGGUGGCUAGCCUUUGAUGACAAGCCGAUGGGCAUUCAGGGAAACCCUUUACCCAAUCAUGAGGGAGACCAGAUUGGUAUGGUCGGGGUAGAACUCAGAAAGCCACAAGAAGCCAACCUAGAUUGUUUGGCUUUGGAUGCUGAAAUCCCCUUAAACAAUUCUACAAAGUGGAUCCGUCAUCUCCAACUAGGAGUACAACUUUAG